AUGUCUGGUUUGCCUAUGCCCAACUUUACUAAUGUCGGUUCAUCAUUGCGCAAAGAGUUAAAUGAAGAAGAAGAGGAAGAAGAUACUGAUCAUGUGUUAAGUAUCAGUUAUUAUUCAGACAUGAUUUCUGCUGUUCAAACACCAGACCUUAUCAUUGAAGAGGAGGAAGAGGAGGAAAAUGAAAGUGUAACUGACUCUGAGUCACAAGCUAAGUUUGAAAGGUACUGGUUAAAGCAAACAAACCAAGACAAGUUGGUCGUAUGUCAAGCCAUUGCUCGUACUUGGCUUGUCAAGAGAAAAGUCAACCAAGAAAUGCAGCUGUAUAGAUCAAGCCAAAAUUUUGUAUUUAUUUCUCAAGUACAAGCACAAGUUCGUGGUUAUUUUGUGCGUCGUGAACUUGCUUCAAAGAGAAUUGACUAUUAUGCUUAUGUUGAUUUUAUUGUACAUGUUCAACAAGUCGUUCGUAGAUAUCUCGCCAAACAUAAACAAGAGCGUGUAAUUGAUUACUAUAAAGUCAACAUAGACCAAGUAAUUCAAGUACAAUCCUUGAUUCGUCACAAACUAAUGGGCACCGCUUAUCGCAAACUAAGAACAUUUGAUAAUCCUACUGUGGGUACCGUCAAGAACUUUAUUCACCUUUUGGACGACAGCGAUUUAGAUUUUGAUCGUGAAUUAGCUCUUGAGGAUUUACGUCAACAGGUGAUUGAGAGUAUUAAAGAAAAUAAUCAUUUGGAUGCGCAUGUCAACACACUCGAUAUUCAAAUUGCCUUGUUCCUAAAAAAUACAGUGUCUAUCGAAGAUGUACUCAAGCACAAUGGUGCACUUAAAAAGAAGAAAGAACAACAACGGAUGUUGGAAACACAAACUGGCAAAGCAAACCCCUUCUCGCUUACUGGUAUUGAUAAAGACAGCAGACAACGGCUUGAAUUAUUUCAAGAACUGGUCUAUUUGCUGCAGACAGAACCUAAAUAUUUAGCACGUCUCUUAUCAAUGACAAGUAGACAAGAUUUAGGUCAUUAUGCAAGUCAUAAACUAAUUGAAUCUACUGUACUUUCUCUGUUUGGUUAUGCAACAAAUUCGCGCGAAGAAUACUUGCUGAUUAACUUAUGCAAGUAUUGUAUAGCAGAAGAAAUGAAGAACGUAGAGAGUACGCAAGAAUUUAUGCGAGGAAACUAUACCUUUAUGAAGUUGGUGGUCCAAACUAACCGUGGUGCUAAAGAGCGAGAAUUUUUUCGAACCUUAUUGAGUCCACUUGUCACUGAAAUUGUCAAUAACGACUUUCUGGACUUGGAAACAGAUCCUGUCAGCAUUUACCAUAAGGCUAUUAAUGAUGAAGAAUGCAGAACGGGUAUGCCAUCCAAUCGUCCUCAUGCUGUUACAUCCCAAGAAGCACUUGCUGAUCCUGAAGUACGUGACACAUUUGUUAUUCAUUUAAGAAACUUGAGGGAGAUUACAGAGCAAUUCUUUAUGGCUAUUACUUCUACUAUAGACUCAGUUCCUUAUGGUAUUCGUGUGGUAGCAAGAGAAUUGAGGUUGAUUCUCGAAGAAAGCUUUCCUGAUGAGCCUCAUGAACGUAUUAUUCGUAUCAUUGGUAACUUCAUCUACUAUCGUUACUUGAAUCCUGCUGUUGUUGCCCCUGAACAAUAUGAUGUGAUUGAUGCUGUGAUUAAUCCUAUCCAGAGAAAGAAUUUGGCAGAGAUUUCUAAAAUGCUCCAGCAUAUCUCAAGUGGAACUGUGUUUGAGGAUGCGCAUGAUAUCUUUUUGGCUCCUUUGAAUGAAUAUGUUGCUGACGCUGCUUUAAGGUUUGGUGAAUGGUUCUUGGGGUUGACGGAUGUAGAAGAUCCAGAAAGCUAUUUUGGCAUGCACUCACUGACAGAUCAGACAAACACACACAAACCCAUCGUCUACUUGUCACCAAACGAAUUAUUUCACUUGCAUUAUACUAUACAAACAAAUAUUGAGGCUCUUGAACCUGAAGGGGAUGGUAUACUACAUGAAAUCAUUGAUGAGAUUGGCGCUUCUGCUUAUCAUCCUGAUAUCGAAUUACCUGAAUCCAUGGUGUGCCUAAGACUAAGUAAUCGUUGUGACAGUAUUCCUUUAGACCCUACUGCUCGUUUGCAACAAUUAUUGGUCGAUACAAAGCGACUUGUGAUUUACGUGAUCAAGAUCCAAAGCGGCCAAAACUUAGCCAACAUCUUUCAAGUGCCUACGACAUCCGAACAUGAAAUUGCAUGGACUCAAUUAAAGGCGAAGGAAUUUUUAGAAAGGGCCGAAGAUCGUACUGUCAUUUCAAAAAGACGCCAUCUUCAGCUUGGUCAAUCUGAGCCUCCCUUGGAUCUACAGAGCGUCAACUUUUUCCAACUCAAGAGUAUUGCCAAUCGAUUAGUUGUGCACUUGGAACGCUGUAAAGUAAUUGCUAGCAACAAUGGUUAUCAGGAUGUGAUCAACAUGAUCGCGCGAGAUAUUACUGGCAAGAACUCUCGCCGAAUGCAGCGAGAUAGAGAAUUAGCUCGUAUGAAACUAACAUUAAGUCACUUGAAAGAAAAACGAGACUACUUGCUCGACCAAGGAAAUUCAUAUGAAGGAUAUCUCGAUAGUUGUAUGACUGCCAUGGCUACAAAGCGAGGCAAGAAGCAGAAGUUUACUUUGCCCUUUACCCGUCAAUAUUUCCAUAUGCGAGGCUUACAGAAAUCAGGUCUUGUGCCCAAGUUUGGCUCGUACAAGUACACAGCUAAACAACUUUAUGAACGAAAUAUUAUCUUGGAGCUUAUGGAUAUUCCCAAGAAACAUUAUGAUCGUAUACCUAUCAUUUUAUCCAUGAACCAAGCAGGAAUUAUUACGAUUGAAGGAAGUUAUGCAGGUUGGCCAAUGUCUUCUGUUCAAGUAGAUAUGCGUUAUGAAGAAUUGCUUCAAACACAAUUUGAAGGUGUGCAGACAGUAACUGUUUUAGACGGCAUGGCUAGAGUGAAUGUGAAUCUAUUGAUCUAUCUUAUUAAUAAGAAGUAA